CAACAAAUACAAUAAAAAUUUUAUUCAUAAAUAUAAGAUACAAAUUGUUUUUUUAGAUUAUUUUUUAGCUGUUUAUUCUGUUCAAUAAUUAACUGUUUAAUCUAUACUGACUAUCAACUCAAAAUAAAGAUAUGGCUAAGUGGCAGUUAGAGGUUUUACGAAUGGGUAUUUAUAUGGCAUUUCCUGUUAUCUUAUUCCAUUACUUCAACUUACCUGAAAAUUAUGAAGAUAAAGUAAUAAAAUUCAAAAGAGAGAUGUUUCCACCGGAAAGACCAGAACCUCAACAAAAAAUUGCGGAACUAAAAAGAAUUUUCCAAGAACGAAAAGAAGCAGAAUUAAAAAGGGUUUUUGAAGAAUAAAUGAGAUAAUCAUUGCAUAUAUUGUUAUUAAUUAUCACGUUUUGUAUAUAUUGUUUUAAGGUAUAGUUCUGUUAAAAAAAUUAUAGUUAGACAAUUUUGUAUUAAUAUAAAAAUAAAACUAAUAAUUGCUUA